GCCGGCAGGUUUAGCAAAGGUCUCUGUCUAAUGGGUGUUUUCUUUUUCUUAGCCCUGCCCCUGGAUUGUCAGACGGCGGGCGUCUGCCUCUGAAGUUAGCAGCGAUUUCCUCUAGAGCCUGGCCUUAUCUCCAGCUGCACGUUGCCUGUGGGUGACUGAUCACACAAUAACAUUGUCUAGGGCUGGAAUAAAGUCGGAGCUGUUUACCCCCACUCUAUAGGGGUUCAAUAUAAAAAGCCGGCCGAGAGCUGUCUACACCAGACGCGCUCCUGCAUCCGCACCGGGCGAGCGGCGGAGCCUGCGGACCGGGUCUGCGCUGAGUCCCCGCGGGUUCUGCUCUGCGCUGCAGCCGCCGCUCCAGCGCCGUCCCCGCGGCCGGAGAAAGGGCCACCCGUCCCUGUCGCCGGUGAAAGAGCCACCCGGGCCGAGGGUAGCGCCCGACCCAACAGCCAGAGGCGCUUUGGGAGAUCCGCAGCCGUUUUCUUCGCUGUGCUUUGACCUCCGUUUGCAAGCAAGCAAGGUUUUUCUUUUCUUUUCCUUUUUUCUUUUUUUCUUUUUUUUGAUCCUGUUUCAAAAUGGAAUAUUUCCCCGUGAUCUUUGCUCUGCUGUUCGUGGCUUUCCAAGGAGCUCCAGAAACAGCUGUCUUGGGAGCAGAGCUCAGCUCACAGGCUGAGAAUGGGGGGGAUAAGCCCCCUCCCAGUGCAUCCUGGAGGCCCCGAAGGUCCAAGCGCUGUUCUUGUUCUUCCCUAAUGGACAAGGAGUGUGUCUACUUCUGCCACCUGGACAUCAUCUGGGUCAACACUCCCGAGCAUGUUGUUCCUUAUGGACUUGGGAGCCCUUCGAGGUCCAAGCGUUCCUUGGACUCAUUUCCCGCAAAGGCUGUCAACCACAGGACCAGAUGUCAAUGUGCUAGCCAAAAAGACAGGAAGUGCUGGAAUUUUUGCCAAGCAGGAAAAGAACUCAGGGUCCAAGACACUAUGGAGAAAGGCUGGGAUAACUAUAAGAAAGGAAAAGAUUGUCCCAAGCUCGGAAAGCAGUGCAUCUAUCAGCAGCUGGUGGAAAGAAGGAAAACAAGAAGAUUGGAGGCCAUCAGCAAUAGCAUCAAGACAUCUUUUCGUGUUGCAAAGUUGAAAGCUGAACUCUACAGAGACCAGAAGGUGACUCACAACCGAACACAUUGACUACAGACUUUCUGGACCUUUCCGAAGCUGCAACUUCCCUAGAGAGAGCCCGGUGGCCAACUCUGCACUCUCCCCACCCACUGGAAUCAGAGCAAGAGUAUCUGUUCUGCUCCAACCAUUUCUUGCUUCAGCCUGGCAGACCAAUAUCCUUGUUCCAAACAUUCAAAGAAAGGUUAGGAUGUUUCCCAACCUGUCUUCAUUUGCCUUCACUGGUAGUGACAGAUUUUGUCUCUUCUUGCUGUUUGGGAAUGACAGUGGACCUCUCAGAGAGCAGAGGCAUGAUGACAUUUGAAUUAGGGUGGCAUCUUCCAUAGAGAGAAAGGAGAUUCCACACCAGGGUGGAGUUUCUGCAGAAAGUCUUAAGGGAGUGUUUGUGUCUGACUCAGGCGCCUGGCACAUUUCAGGGAGAAACUCCAAAGUCUAUGCAAAGAUUUUUCUGAGGAAUGCACAAAUUGAAAACAUACUCGAAGGACAAACAUUCGAGUUAAAAAAAAAAAGGACAAAGACUUCUUUUUAAGUCAUAAAAUGCAAAACUCAAAGAAACUGUUACUACUGUACAUUAGGAUGUGUUUCAUGAAUCUGAGCCUACCUCACCUAUAUUGGCACUGUUUAAAUAUUUCCCACCUUUAAUUAUUAUCUCCCCAAACUCUUUCCUUUACCACCACCAGGCUCCCAAUUCCUCAUACCAAACCCAAUGUGUCAGUCUGUAGUACAUGAAACAUUGAAACAUUUCCAUGCUAAUCUGUUGGCUCUAAUCUAUGAGAGAAAAAGAAGAUCGAAUCAGGACCCUGUCUUUGACGUUUGGAAACAGUGGUAUAGGGCUGUUAAUGAAAGAUAUUAGAAAGUUGGUUAUGUUUUAAAGCAGUAAAACUGUUUUCCCUUAUGUAACUGGCUAAUGGAAGAGAUUAGAUUGAAUUUUGAUGUACUUAUUUUUUAUAGAUAUUUAUAUUCAAACAAUUUAUUCCUUAUAUUUACCAUGUUAAAUAUAUGUCUGGGCAGGCCAUAUUGGUCUAUGUAUUUUUUAAAAAAUGUAUUUCUGAAUGAAAUUGAAAACAUGCUUUGUUUUGCCUGUCAAGGUAACGAUUUUAGAAAAUAAAUAUUUUUCCCUACUGUA